AUGUCGGCGACUAAUGGUCCUUCUAACCAAAUCUACUCUGCGAAGUAUUCAGGGGUGGAUGUUUAUGAGUUUCUUCAUCCUACGGGGUCUAUUAUGAAGAGAAAGGCCGACGAUUGGGUCAAUGCUACACAUAUAUUAAAGGCAGCUAAGUUUGCGAAGGCGAAGAGGACAAGAAUACUAGAGAAAGAAGUGAUUACAGACGUGCAUGAAAAAGUUCAAGGCGGUUUUGGUAAGUAUCAGGGCACAUGGGUACCUCUGGAUAUAGCGCGGCGCUUGGCGCAGAAAUUUGAAGUAUUAGAGGAGCUUAAGCCACUUUUUGAUUUUACACAGAGGGAUGGUACUGCUUCUCCACCACAGGCUCCUAAGCAUCAUCAUGCUUCGCGGUCGGAUCCGUUGAAGAGACGGGCUGCUAAAAGUCCGUCUGUAUCUGGGAACUUUAGCGAGCCUGCUGUACCAAAACGUAGAGGAAGGCCGCCAAGAAAAAAAAAAUUGGAGGAGGAUGUUUCCAACGAUGCUGCUCAGAUGGGCAAGCACGAGAUGGCUGGUUUUCCAAGACCUUCAAUCCCUAUAUCCCUUAUUUCAUCGAACCAGCUGCCGCUGAUUCAAUCUGCAUUCCACAAAAAUAUUGGAAAUGAGCAGUCUGGGAAUCAUAAUAAGCCACACAGGCAACAGUUACAACAGAAAUAUGAAGAGUUGGACAUUGAGGAUGGUCUUUCUAGUGACAUAGAAGCAAAUAUUGCACAGUCUAUGGGACAAGCUGCUAGAAAUGCAAAUACAAUGAAUACUGCUUUAAUUUCUGGAAAGGAGGAACAUUCCUCAUCUUCAUCAUCACUACCAUCAUCGCCGACUGAUUUUUCAGCCCCAAUGGCGUUUGACACUCAAAGAGUAGGUAGUGCUACUUCACCAUUCGGGACUGCGCUUCCGCGUUACUCUAUACCGUCCCGGCCACCAAAUACUGAUUUAGACCAAAAGGCAAACGAAUAUAUCACGAAAUUGGUAAACUAUUUUAUCAACUCCGAACUACAAAGCUCUAACUCGAUACCUAUGGAACUGCUUCAUCCUCCUCACGGAACUCCGUAUAUUGAUGCUUGGAUUGAUUCUGAACAUCACACUGCCUUCCAUUGGGCUUGUGCAAUGGGGGAGUUGCCAAUUGUUGAAGUGUUAUUACAAGCUGGUUCUAAUCGCAGAGCAACUAAUAUUUUAGGAGAAACACCAUUGACGAGGGCAUCGAUAUUUCAUAAUAGCUAUACAAAGCGGACGUACCCUCGCAUAUUUCAGUUACUUCAAGAUACUGUAUUCGACUUAGACAGUCGCUCACAAACCGUUAUUCAUCACAUUGUGAAACGAAAAUCAAGUACACCAUCAACACUGUAUUAUCUAGACGUUGUUCUUUCCAAGAUUAAGGAUUUUUCGCCUCAGUAUCGCAUUGAAACCCUAAUAAAUACUCAGGAUGAUAAAGGUAAUACCCCACUACAUAUUGCUGCCAUGAAUGGCGACAGGAAAUUUUUUCAAAUCUUAACAGGAAAUGAUGCACUGACUACAAUAAAAAAUCAUGCUGGAGUUACUGCAGAUGAAUUAAUCAAUAAUAAAUUCGACAAAAACUCCCACUUGAAUAAUAACCAUGGAUAUCAUAAUCAUUCAAAUGGAAACUCGAUCUGGUCGUUAAACACAGCUGCCACUUCCACUGUUGUCGCUGCGCCAGCUAUUCCUACAUCAUCAUCGGCGAAAAACGACAUACUUCCAUCUGAAGCUUCGGCCACGGUAUCUAAAGCAAUACCCGAAGUUGUGGGGCUUAUGAAGGAUUUGGCAAAUUCUUACCAGACUCUCCAUCAGGAUAGAAACCAGGAAUUAAGAGAUCUCAAGAAGGUCUUGAAGAGCAUUAAUAACAGUGUUGUCGCAGUUGAUAUGAAAAUCUCAGAAAUUCUAGAUGUAAAAAGCGUAGAUCAAGUGUGCGACGAAAUAGACAAUUUAAAGCUGUAUACGCUUGAAUUGCAACAUAAAUAUGCAGAACAGCAAAAAGAACUGUUUGGUAUUUUGGAGAAAGAACAGCAUUUGGAGCUUCAAGAAUUAGUGAAGAAAAAUCAAGAGAUAAAACAUAAUAAGGAACAAUCAGGAAGUUCUGUAACAUCCGCUGAAGCACCAGCAAAUUUUGCGAGAGAAAUUAAAGCAUUGACAAUGUUGCAGUUUCAACGGAAGGCAAAAAUGAAGAGAUUAUUGGAGUUACUUUGUGGAAAUGACAGACUUCAUAAAUUCAAGAAGAUGAUAGCACAGGGAACUGAUGUGGAAUUAGGUGAUGUCGAUAAUUUCUUGGAUAUUAUAUUGCAGCAGCUAAAUGAGGAGAAACAGGUUAAAUAG